CGGCGGUAGUUGUCUCCGCUGCUGCUGCUGCUGGUGUGUGAUGCUUGGUGCGCGUUUUGCUUUAUGUGAGAACGACGACGCUCUCGACGGGGAGCGCAGCAGCAAGAUGGCAGCGAUGGCGACGUCGUCGAGAGAUGCGUACUUCAAACAUCGGUCGCGAACCCGCACCACGAACUGGGGCGAUGUGGAGACGUACCAGCUAAUCGAACUGUGGCAGUCGUUCCGCUACGACUUGCAGCAGACGAAAAAGCGCCGGCCUAUCUUCGAGCAGAUGAGCCGACUAAUGCACGGGCUGGGCUUCAAGAGAGACGCUAACGAGAUACAGGGGAGAAUUACGAACCUCGCCUAUUUGUACAGGCGUGAAGGCAAACUUCGACUUGAAAACCCAUUGCGAUCUCCUUGGAAGUUCUGGGACAGUGUACACAAAGUGCUUCGUGGUGAACCACCACGUCGUACACCUAUUCAGGCACGCCAGAUUUUACCAAAGCCAGUUUCCCUGCCAAACACAGAGGCACGGAUGAUUCCACCUGACACCACACUCACUGUGGUCAAUGUUCCUCUACCUGACGUUUCCGUUGUCAAAGUAGAAAAACCAAGUGUGCCUGAGAGCACUUCAGCUGGAGAUGGCCGGAAGAGUCCUCCAGAUGAAUCGACUGCAGCCACUGAAGCCUGGACAGACCAGUCUGCAGCCUCCAUAGUGAAUGGAGAGCAUUCAGAAGAGGAUGAAGAAGGCAGCGACAGCUAUCCGCAUGCAUCCCUGCGCUUCCCAUCCGAGUGUCCAUGUGACAUUCUGAAAACUGUGGCCGAGCAGCAGCGCCUUAUGGCACUGCAGAUUCUCAACGAGGAAGAGAUUCGUCAUGAGGAGAGAGUUCGCAUUGUGCUUGAAAUGGAGAACCGGCUGAAGCAGGAGCACAACAAUUUCAAGCUAGCACUAAUCGAUAGACUCAACAAAGGCUUCACUCAGAUCCUAAUGGCACUGAAAUCUUCCACUACGUCAUAGGGGCCCUGGUGGUCACAUCGUUGGAAGAGGUGCUGCCUUUUUUAGUGCAGCCAGGGAGGCUGGCCUACUGUAGUAGUGCUACCUUCCCAGAGCAACUGCCUGGAAGCAGUUGGGCGUUGCAUUAUUAUGCAGUUUUACCAUAUUAUGCAAUUUAUAAGCCUUUAAGCAACUAGUUCUAUUCUAAUACCAUAGAUACUCUAAGCCGGGAGCAGGCUUAACACAGUGCUACAGACACACUUGUUUUUGUCUGGAUCAAAGUGUGGUGUGGUGUUAGCAAGCUUAGGCACUGCUGAAGACGCAAGACUUGUGUAGGCGUUCAAGAAUCCAGGGCUGGCUUGGCAGGACCAAACAGGAUUGCUUCAUUUUCAAAACUGUGAUAAAGAGUGUUGUUGGUUUCAAAGAACACUGCUGACAAGAACUCAACUUUCUGGCUCGUUUCAGAGCAACAUGAGCUCAGGCAUGACUGUUCACUCCAGGAUUAGGGGUCUGGGCCAUGGAAUGUAGAGCAAUCGAACAGAACCACCUCCCUAGGUGGGAUGUAGAACUUUCUUGUUUGUAUCUCCGAGCCUGCCCAGGUAACAUUUGGUCAUGCGUAUUAACUGUAUAGGUUAGGCUAGGUUUUACAAAUAGGAUGUGUAGGACAUAGUACUGCUGUGCUUAGGGCCCGAAAAUCUUUGGGAUUCUACAGCAGCUUUCAUUGCCAAACUUGGCAUCUUUAAUAGCCUUAUUUCUUACAAUGGACUUUGUGUUGACAAGAGUCAAUACGGUAAUGACAUUUGUGGUCAUGGUGAAUGUGCCCUGUCUUAAGUCUGUGCUUUGUGCUGUGUGCAACACAUGCAUCAAUUUUCCUGUUGUGUCUCAUCGCAGAGUUCAUUAGUAAUCAAGGGGGGGAGUCACGUUUUUGUUGUAUGUGCUUGUUAUAUGUACUUUUACUCUACAAAACUUUUUGUAUGUUGGCAGCUGAAACUUCAAAGGUGUCAUUAUGCUAGUUUUGAGCUUCACAAUUUGUCAAGUGUGGUGACAAGUCCUCACCAUGUAGUACAUAGUGCUUUUAAAAUUUUUUGGGUUUGACUUUCUGUGCUUACUAGCAUGGCAUGCUGAAAUGAGGUAUUUGAGCCUCAUUAUAAUUAAUUUGCAUCUAUUGUGAGAAUAUGUUUGUUAUAUCUGACAUUCAUAAAAGCACAUAUCUUUUAUGCCAGUAUCGGCGAGAAAAUUUUUAAACUUACUUCGCUAUAUCUAAUAUUUUGUUAUACUCUAUGUCAUACUGAGGUUCAGCUGUGCGUUUUAGCAGUCUGUGGAGGUGCGAGUUCACACUUGAACUGCUGAACAUUUUUGAGCUCUUUACACAUGAAGUGUUAUAGAUGUGCGAGUUGUUUUAUUAAUUUUUGCACUUUGGUUCUUGAUGGCUUGUAAUAUGUACCAUUUAAAAUGUCAGUCAUCGCCCUGGUUCUUUUUAUGUUGGUUUGUCUUGUGUACUUCUAACUCAAGCAAAGCCUCCCGUUUCAUCUGCCCUGAUGCCUUUUUGGUACUGGUUGUUGGUGUAGUUGAUAAUGCUUGUAAGCUUUUAUCCCUGCAAUUUAUAACCUAAGAUUUCGGGCCCUAGUCAUGUAUGGCUUUGUUAAUGCAUAUGCUGCCUCUUGUGUUGCAGAAGCCUGGCAACAGCAGUGUAUUUAGCAUAUCAUAUGUGCACGACAUUUUGUAACAUCCUUUGAUAUUUGUGUAUGUUUAUUUAUAUUAAUCAGUCACCUUCUAAUGGCAGGACUUGCAAAACCUGCUCAAAUAAUCUGAAGUUCAAAUUAUGGAUGGCAUUUGAAACUUUCGUUGAACAAGUGAGCUAUUUAUUUACUAGUAAUGGUUUGAUAUGGUGGUCUCUACCUUGCUAGUGAGUGCUGUAUGAGUAAUGUUGCAAGACCAAUAUAUUGUGUGUGCAGGUGAGAAACCCCUCUGCAAGAUGAAGUGUUUUUGGUCUUUAAUUUUGUUGAGACUUGGUCAUUACCAUUGAUGCUUUCUGAAGGACCCACAUGCAAAUGAUGCAGGCAAAAUUUGCACUGCCUUCAUUGGCCAGUAGCGUAUACUAUGGGUGUGCGAAUACAGAUUUUUAAAAUUAAAUUAAUGCAAAAGAGUGGCUGCUUGGGCUAGUUGAUGAAAUGUUGCCUCAGUCUGAGAAAAACCUGUUUUAGUUAGCGAAAAUUUGAAGGAAAUGAGGGCAACAUGACAAAGUGCACUGUCCUAUUGCCUUCAUUUCCUGCUAGGAAAGAUUUUCCCUUGUCUGAAGGAAUUACUGCAAAUCAAAGAGAUAUGGUACUGAAUUGUACAUGACUUGACAGAUUUCGGAGUAAUUUUCAAAUAUGUAAUCUUUUGUACUGGACUUUCGAACCAAGGUAACCAGGAGUAGUCUAGGAAGUGGGAAUCCAGCUGGGCAGUGGUAGUUUGAAAAGCAAAAUAAUUCUGUGGCCUCUUCACUUGCACUUUUUUUUUAUAUAAGUCAUCUAUUUUCAUGCAACAAACUUCAAGGUUUUCUAGAAGGAUAUUUAAAAAUCAAAUUGAUCUGAUGUUUACCUUCACUGUCUCUUUAGAAUAUCUCUCUAAAUGUGAUUACAAUGUUAGCUUUCAGGAUUGCUUUUUAUAAUCAUAAGUUGCCUAGCUCACAAUCAUGUGCUUUUUAAGUAUAGGUAAAAUCUCAUAUCUGUUAGUAUAGAGGUAAAGGGCAUGGAAAUGAAUUGGUAAGAAAUGGCAGGAAAGCUUCAAGUGACUUUUGAUUUUUAAUGAAGGUGUUAUUACAAAUGUCACUGAUGAGUGUCAUUUAAUUAUAACUGCACGAGUGCAUCAUCACUGUGCAGGAAACAUCACUACAAACUAUCCACACCAGAACAACUUGUCCUUGGGCUAGUUGGUGUCUAAGCUUAAAACAUUCUUGGUGCAAGAUUUGGAACGUGAAAUAAGUACAGCUAAAAAGACUGUGAAGUACCAAGGUUUCUUCUGAGUACUCCGCUGUCUCUUCCCUGUCCUUUUUUCGUGUUUGAAACUUUUCACCGGGAACAACAAUUGAGCAAGACUAUCCACACACACGUACACAUACAUGCACAUGACGUUUUGGUAUAAAUAAUUUUAAUAAAGACGCGUUUCUCACUAUGCAAAUGCUGCUUGCACAGCAGGCACUUAUGUGCACUGGUAGAAACAGUUCUUGUGAAUUAGUAGAGUCACCAAGUACAUUAGCCACUGAAAUUAUUUUUUGUCUUAACUUUGAGUACCACUGUUAUAUAAAAAAUGUCUAUCAUGGAAUGCUCCUUCUUGAGAACUUUUUCUGUGCAAUAUUUUAAAGAGGCUACAAGUGCUUAGACACUCAAGUGAUGUUUUCAUUCAAUGUGCAUUCCAUAUGGCCAUGGCUUGACCUGUCUCCAUAGCUGCAAUGCUGAGUGGUGAUGUGUUGCCAACUUCUGUCUGAUUUGAAAUGAGUCUCUUCAAGUGUCGUUUUCUGGUAUACUUUUUUUUUAUUGUUAAUGUAGUGAUGGUGGCCUCAAAAUGAAGUUUACAUGCAGGACUCUGUCUCAGUUCAGAUCUAAUGGAAAAGGAUGAGAUCAGUGUUCCCAGUGUCUUUUAACUGUAGCAUUAGAAUGGCUUUCCUCACUCCUACCCUUACUUUGUGCAGCUUUACACAGAGCCCAGCUUUAUGGGUGAAACGAUUCGACUCCCUUUCUUAUGUGCAUGUAGAAAUGCACAUGCAUAGAGAGCAGCUGUAGCAGAUGAAUGACAUUCUCUAGCAGAAUUGCACCAUUGGCUUAAUGAAACAUGUACAGUUAUUGCAUUUGUUUUGUUUUCUAUAGGGGUGUGCAAAUAUUCGAAAUUUCGAAUAUUUUUCGAAUAGUGUUUGCUAUUCGAUUCGAUUCGUACUGGAAUUUUACUAUUCAAACUAUUCGAACUUCCCAAAGAUGCAGUCAACGUCCGGUUAAAAGUGACCCCUUCAGAUUUUCAAUAUGCUUCGCCUCAUUACACUCUCGUAUUGCGGCAAAGCUGCCUUUCAAGCUCCAUUACGGUCGAACUUAGCCAAGAGACAAAGUCCGAUUGAAAGUGGUCCCUAGAUUUUCAAUAUGCUUCACCUCAUCACACCCUCGUAUUGCGGCAAAGCCGCCUUUCAAGCUCCGUUGCGGUCGAACUUGGGCAAGAGACAGUCAACAUCCGAUUGGAAGUGGUCCCUAGAUUUUCAAGAUGCUUCACCUCCUCACACCCCCGUAUUGCGGCAAAGCUGCCUUUCAAGCUCCGUUACGGUCGAACUUAGCCAAGAGACAGUCAACGUCCGUUUGGAAGUGGUCCCUAGAUUUUCAAUAUGCUUCACCUCAUCACAUACCCGUAUUGCGGCAAAGCUGCCUUUCAAACUCUGCUACGGUCGCAAAUGUAUUAACUCAAGAAAACGCUGGUUCCAAUAUGGAGAUGACAGAUGUGGCAGAGCUGGGGGCUCAAUUAAUGCUGUUUUGUACCUGAAAUUUGGGCAGGAAGUCUGAAAAAUCGGACGCCAAAGCUUUUUAGCAUCCAAAAUUUCAGAUGUUCUCAUAUAUCGACGUCUACGAGGCAGAUUUGGAACUCCGGACUUGAAGGGAGCGCACCCUUGUCCGCCACAUCAGUAGGGCUUCCACAGAAGUUGAAAGAGGAGGAGAGGCUGAAAAAAUGGCAUCUCUGCCUAUCACAUGUAAAGUGUUGUCGGCAACACUUUGGUUGCACCAAAUACAAUUCGGCCUCUACAUUGCCUCAUUCUUGAUAAGAAAGACAACUAUAAAAUAUGGCCUCACCAGCGCUUCAUCAACCUAGCAAAAAGAAACACAUUCAUGUUGCUAUCUCACAAGAACAUACUUAGGGAUUCUCUGCUACUUUUUCUGUAAUUUCACUUCGAAUUAUUCGAAAAAUGUUUGAGAAAUAUUCGAAAAUUAUUCGAUUCAAUUCGCACUCAAUCUUUAUUAUUCGAAUUCGCUUUGCACCCAAAAUUUUGCUAUUCGCACAGCUGUAGUUUUCUUCUAUACAAAAUACGCACACCUACUAUUAAAAAAAUAGCUUAGUAGAGUGGCAUGCUGAAAGUAUUUGUGAAGUCAUAAUAUGCUUAGAUUGGGCAGGGAAAGGUGAAAAUUCAGGGAGCUGUGCAACUGCAACGCGGAACAACGGAGAUGGAUAAAACCUAUAAUAAUUAACUAUAUAUUUUAUGCAGAGCACAUUAAUUCCAUUCGUGAUGAUCGCAGUGGGCCUAUCCUACCAGCUCUAUGCCAUUUGCACACACGUACCAAAAUCAUGUUAGAGUCUUGUUAACAAAAAUUUAUCAAUUACCUUGUAAAAUUUAUCAUAAUGAAUGUCUGUGUCAUCAAAUUGAAAACACUCGUGUUGAAAAACAGUUUUGUUUUAUUCUUCUAGACCACUCUUAUUUCAAGAUAUUCAUUACCAAAUUUGACACUGUAAUUUAAUUUCGCAUAUGAAGGCAGGAGUCUUGUCACAAUGGUACCCUCAAUGGAUGUGGAUGAUUUUAUGUAGCCAGUGCCGUAGCCAGGAGUUUUAUUGGGGGGGAGUACCUCCUCGACACGGCAGGAAGGUCUGGAGAGCAAGGAGGGGAUAUGCUCCCAGUGGUUUGUCCUUGCUGAUAGCAGCUGCUCUCUGCUGACAAAACAAGACCGACCUCCUCUUUUGCUCAAAAUAAGCUGUGUCACAUAUGUAUACUUGUGUUUGUGUGUUCAGACCGCUUCUGAGUGCAAAUUCAGCUUGUUACGUGUCAAAUUUCGCGAUGAAUGUGCUGGGACACACAACUGGUCUAGAAAAAUUUAAAAAAUGGAGUUGUCUUCAAAUGCAAUUGUUAACAAUUUUCUAACAUAAUUUACACUGUAAGCACAAGUCUGAAGUUAAAUCAACAUUUUUAUGUAUUUGCUGACUCUACUUGCAGCUAGAAUCUUGUAUUGUAUAUAUAUGUUGAAAUAGUUGAGCAUCUGCCACUGUUAUUUGAGGCACCGACCAGAAAAAUUGACGCAAGUGUGCUCCCUGCAUGGUUGGUGUUCAGCAGAAGGGAGUCAGUACAAAGGUGCUUGGGAAGGAGACCCAGCUGUUGGGAAAUCGCCAGCAUGGGACUGGGAGCAGUCCUUGCUCCCAACAUCCUGGCCAAGAUAUUGUAGCCAAAGCCAUCAGCUUUCUGCAACUGCUAUUCUUUCUGUUCAUGUAGUUGGCCAGGGCCAAUAUAAGCCCCACCAUUGACACCAAUCCAUCUAGAUCAAUGUGUUAUCACAGACAACAAAAGGUGACCAUGAAGUUCAUUUCAAAUACUGAAGAUGACAUAAAAAUCUAGGAUGGUAGAUGUGUUGUGUGCCAUUUGUGCAGAACAUGCCAAUGUGCUCUACACAAUAUUAAACCUUGAUUUCUGUGUUUAGGUCAAGGAAAGUGGCUUAUUUUACACAUGAGGAGAUGAUUACUUUUAUGUACCUGGAGAUGCUGUCUCCUGCACCUAACUGGAAUAUUUAAGCAAAUAAUAACUUUUUCACAUUUGCAACAUGCCACUCAGUAAUAAGAAGUGACUUGAAAAAUGACUAUGUCUGCUGAGGAUAAUAGAGGUGUGUGUACUCACACUCAUAUAACAUGCCCAAAAUAUUUGAAUGGUGUUCAGAAAAUCAAAUCGUGCCUGUUCAUUUUUAACAACAAAUUGAAUGCACUAUUAUUCAAGAAAUGUUAGUAUUCGCACACCCCUGGUCAACACACUUCUCUAUGUCAAUGUUUACACAUUCUAGCUUCUUCUAUGCCAUUGUGGACGAGAAUGCAAUUGGGCCUUCCAUGUUGGCACUGUUUCACAAUGCUGUGAAACCGGACUUCCUAACGCACUUGGUGAUGUUAUUUGCUUGACAGUGCUUCCACACUCUUUUGAGCAUGGUCAUUGCUUUUAGCAUAGCCAGUAGAACUUGUAAUUCCCGCCAAGGAUUCGUUCAGGUUUACACUGAUAUAUGCCAUGUUAAAGGGGUCAUGAAGCACCCCUUGGGCUUGUUGAAAAAACACAUCCUGCGGAAAGCUGACACGGCUAUGAACUGCUCUGCCAAAUAUUACAGUCGUGCGCGCCGCGUAAAGGCCACAAGCGGAGCGCGAAGUUGCCAUUUCCUCAGGCGCCCUCUUUUCAAACAGAGGCCAGUUCUCACUCUCUUCGGUGGGCGGGGCCUCUGCACGUUGACGUCGCGGAUCUGCCAGUUUAUGUCACAAGAGACAUAGCAUGCUUAUUGGCCGAUAACCGAUGUAAAUCGAGAGUGGCGUUCGGAUCAGGUGCGCUUCUUGCCGCGGGGUGCCGCCACUUGCCGGCGCCGCACUCCUCAGUACACGGUAGCCGCACUCGCGCACGCGAAUCACAACGGGAGAGCGAUCGCGUUUCAUGACGCGCGCUGACGUAACUUCGUUCCCCCGUGUCAUCCCUCCCUGUAUAGCUUCCAGUGCGCUCGUCGGCACGAGAAAAGAGAGAAAGCGCUGAGAGCGUGCGCCAAACUCCCGUAACUCCGCUCAUUCUUGACAGAUUCGAGAAAUUUUUGCGGCAAUCGAUUCAGGAGGCAGUAAACUCCGAUACUGAGGUCAUUAGAUCAUUACUUGGAAAAGUGGUUCAUGACCCCUUUAAGAGCUGAAUGAGAUUUUUCAUUAAUUGAAAAGCAUGAGCACCUUUUGUGUUGCUGUGAAAUAUAUGUUAAAUUUAAUUAACGCUACCAAAUGAACAGAAAUCUACACUUGGUGCACUAGCUUUGGUUAUAUUAAAUGGCACUCCUUAUUUUUAUCCUUGAAAGCAUUGAAUGACAUGGUCUUUUACAAGGCUGACAAUGAUAUGCUUUGGCAUUUAUAGAGUGACUUUGAAGUAUCUGUUCAUGUGAAGACAACGGUGUUGGAUGACAGACAUACAUAUGCAUAGAUUUUUAGUUCCUGAGCCUGUGAGUGCUUUCAUAGAGUUUUUAACAUAUGAACCAUGCACCAGUGAAAUAUAUAUAUGAACGUUUCCUGUAUUGCCAUAACAGGACUCUGAAAAAUACAUAUCAUACUUAUUACAA